CACUCACUCAUCAAGAAGCCACUGCUAAAAUUGACUGUUGCCGCUUCCUUCUCAUUGGGGCAAUUGGUCUUCCAAAGCUUCUGCUCCCAUCGGCGUACCCUCAUUCUUCUUCUUCCAUCCUUUGUCUUGCAAUUGCGUCCGAGUUGAGAGUUGCAGCUUGUCUAUCUAUCUAUCUACCUUGUCUAACAAAGCAUAUCAAGUCGAUCGGGGUUUUGGAGGGAGACACACGACAAUGCCAUUGGCCGAAAACGAGGCUUUUUCGAUUAUCCAUACCGUGAAAGCUUCCGACUAAGCGGGGAAGAGACAGAACUUCUUCCAAAACUUUUGGUGUUCUGCAAGGCCGGCUCUAUCUAGCGAGUUUCCAAAACAUUGAAAGUUUGGGUUGUUUGUGUGUGGAGAGAAGAGUUAAGUUCCACCAUGAGUCUGUUGGACGUGGAAACGACCGCCGAGGCGAUCCAAGAAGAGGAAGAGCUGAUUGAAGCUGUCGAGAGUUUUGUGGAGACAGCCGCUGGUACCAUCAAGAAGGAGAUUGAAACAGAUAUCGUCGACAUGUGGCGCAAAACCAUUGAUUGGCUGGAGUGGUUGUUCCCUCUUUGGGUUGCUUAUCGAGACGACAAACCGCUCUUUUGGGAGUUGAUUCACAAUCUCGCCAUUAGUGGAGUCUUGCUGCUCGUGUCAUUCUUCCUCCUCGCACCAUCCAAUCCACGAAGCAACAGCAAGAACGAUCGCCGUCGACGAUCCAUGAUGGGAUCCACGCGACACAGUUUCCGUUCUCCCAACUUUGUCAGACGCCAUUCUUCCAUAUCCCUCCAUCCUUCUGUUCAAGUCAAGAAUACAAGACCCUCCUCUUCGUCGUCUCUCUUUGAUCGUCGCCACUCGACAAUUUGCACGGGCCGCGUCAUGGUAGAAAAGGAAGAAACCGAUGCCGAACGAUUUGAAAAGAACUAUGAUGAAAUCCGCAUGUCACGAUACAAUCGACUCCUAUUGCCGCCCGACUGCAAACUCGUCGAAAAACCAAAGCGAACGGCUGCCGCCAAAAAAGCCGCCACUGAAGCUGCUACUACUAGUACUACUUCCAGCAAUAGUAGUAAGAAGAAGCAAAAGAAACGACGCCGCAAAAAGCGAGAGCGAGAAAGCGAUGAAGACCAACCAGCCAGGCGAUUGGAGCUCUAUGCCAACAAUUUUCUAGCACUCGUCAAGUCUUUUCUGACUUAUGAUUACAUGGGUGCGGGAAUGGCACUCAUCCGGUGGAUUGUGCUAGUGCUGCGAAUACGACAAAUCCGACGGUCCAAAUCGCAGGCAGAUCUGCAAGACGAAGAUGAUGACGAUGAUGAUGAAAGCAAAGCCAGCGCCAGUGUGACGUCCACAUCACAUCGUCAACCCUCCGUGGUCACACAGCAACAACAACAACAAGCACCAACGCCGGAACGACCAGACAGUCAACCGGUAUUAGCAUGGGAGAACUCCUUUUCUCAAUCAUACACAGGCAUGAUGGACGCAUCCGAAGAAAAGAAAGAGUCUCCGUUGGUCGAGAGCACCAGCAAUAAACCCCAGUCAUCUCCGCCUCCUCUGAAACUGGAUAGUAGUGACAAUCCAAAACAAAGACGUCCUAGUGAGACGAGUUUGUUGACUUAUUCGACGCCUACACAGUCCCAAGAGGACAGAGUAAUUGGAGAACCGGACGAUAUUCCGGCGCUACGACUACCAUUGUCUGUUACCACGACCAAAACAAACGCCUUGAGGCCAUCCAUUGGCGGUGGCAAAAAGAAGGAUUUGCUUCAAAACUAUCGGUCUACCAUCACAAGCCGCAAUGCGCUGCCACCACAAUCCACAGCGAACCCCUUGUCUCCUCCAUAUCAUUCGGCUUCUAGUAAUAGUUCCGGGGAGGCUACCACGAUUCAGCGCAAUCAUUACGAUGAAAAUCAUACCAGUGGACAACAAGACGGCACAAUCCAAAAAGUGGAUAGUCGGGAAGACGAUAGCGGAUCGUUUGAAGAUUCUUCCGACGACCCUGACAAUCCUCCGGGGCGAGUCCAACGAUUUGAUUCUGAUUUCUCGGGCUUCUUUUUUGAGACGGCCAAUAACCAAGAAUCCUUGAGGCAAAUGAAAUUGGAUGCGCCGCUACCCGACAAGAAUGGUUAUAUUGUCGGAGAUGAAUUCCUGCCAGACUCGAGUUGCACACCUCUAUUGGUCUUUGUCAAUUCGCGUUCCGGACCUCAACAAGGACACCUCCUGAUCAUGCAGCUGCGGCGAUUGCUCAAUCCCAUUCAAGUAUGGGAUCUCGGAGAAGACGGAAGCCCCGAGACUGUCUUGGAUUCAUUCAGCAGCGCCUUUCGCAAUCUACGAAUCCUGGUCUGUGGCGGUGAUGGAACUGUCAGUUGGAUCAUUGCGGCUCUGGAAAAACUCAACCUCAAACGAAAGUGGCCUCCCAUUGCCAUUUUGCCGUUGGGAACGGGCAAUGAUCUAGCACGAAUUCAUGGAUGGGGUGGCGGAUACAACAAUGAAUCGUUGAUUGGUAUUCUGGAAGAUGUCGCCGACUCGUACAUUUCGUUGCUGGACCAGUGGGAGUUGUCCAUCGAAAACCGAAAGGGCAAGGUGAAAGAAGUUAAAUCAUUCUUCAAUUACUUGGGAGUGGGCGCUGAUGCCCAAGCCGCCUUGCAAGUUCAUAUGUUGAGAGAAAGCAGGCCCCAGCUCUUCUUCUCGAGGGUUGUAAACAAAGCAUGGUAUGGUGUCUUUGGAGCGGAGGAUAUCAUCAAGGCCACCUCGAUGAACCUACCCAACGAAAUCACUCUUAUUGCGGAUGGAGUGGAGGUGCCUCUGCCUCCAGAUUCUCAAGGAAUCAUUUUGCUAAAUAUCGAUUCGUACUCGGGUGGUGCUCCUUUUUGGGCCACAGGUGUAAAGCAGGAUCCUCGCCAUGGUUUUGGCCAUUCGUCUUCGGAAGUUGGGAAUGGCAGUCCAACACUGGGGGCGGCCAGGACGCAACCCCGACAUUUGAGGCGGACACGAAGUCUCGAGGAUCUGCGUCGUUCGGAGCACGGUCAAAUGCCUCGCAUCGACAGCGUGGAGGAUUUGAGCCAAAUCUUGACGGACGAUCACCAACGCUGGCAACACGUGACGGCAUGCGACAACCCAAGUAGCUGUCAGGACGGAAUCCUGGACAUUGUCUCGGUUCGCGGCGCCUUUCAUUUGGGCCAAAUUCGGGUCGGCUUGUCUAGUGCGCAGCGCCUGUGUCAAUGUCGUGAAGCUACAAUUCACAUCAAACGGAAGGUUGCUGUUCAGAUUGACGGCGAACCCUGGCGUCAGAAUAUCUGCACCCUACGAGUGAAGCGAAAGCCUGACAGAGCUAUCAUGUUGCACAAGUCGGAAGAUAAGAAUGGGGUCGAGACCGAAGUAGCCAAUUUACUUGAUUGGGCCGAAAAGCGCCACUACAUUGAUGGAAACGUGCACUACGCCAUGAUGAAAGAGUUCAGCCGUCGCAUUGAACACAAGACCCGGCAACGUCGCCACAAUCAAAACAACAACAUGUUCUCGCUGAAGCGAGCCAUUGGGAGCACGGGAGCGAUCUCGAGCUACGGUGGAGACUACGAGUACGCUUCUUAAAAGGGCUUUGCCAAUAGCUGUAGCAGCAACCGGUACCAAACAAACUCCUCUGGUUCGCAGCGCCCACAAUUGCAUCAGCCAGGAGAGGCAAUGCCUCCUGGUAAUGUAUGUGGAUGUCCGUGUUGAGGCUUGCGGCUCAAGAAAAUACUGUAGAAUAACUGAAUGAGUUAGCCUCUCCUGUAUGUGAUUCGAUAGCUCUAUAAUGGAGAUCUGCCUGAAGGU